UACAUAGGUAUAUAGCCUAUAUGCGAGUAACACUACAAAAAAGCUCACGGUGCCGGUGCCGGUGCCCAACUCAUAAGCAAAUUAAAUUCCUUUAGAACCUCUGGAAUCUGGAACCUCUCAUAUGUCAUACGCAAAGCUCGAAUUGCAGAAGCUCGUUCCAGUAAGGAAUGACCUGUCAUCCCCGGGCCCAGGGCGGCCGCCCCACUUGCCCUGGCUCAGGGACGGGCCUGUUUCCAACACUGGGAACACAAACAUAUCCUGCAAAACAAAACCCAUAUCAAAGAAGCUAUUUUCGUCAUCAUUAGUUUUCAAUGAGGUGGAGUUGAAGAGGGUUCUUGAGAAAAGGCGGGUUUUUUCGAUGUCGAGCAGUGGGAAUGAGUCUGCUGGGCUCACUUACAAGGAUGCUGGGGUUGAUAUAGAUGCUGGUUCUGAGCUUGUUAAGAGAAUUGCAAAAAUGGCACCUGGGAUUGGUGGCUUUGGAGGACUAUUUCCUCUAGGGGACUCAUAUCUAGUUGCCGGUACAGAUGGUGUUGGUACCAAAUUGAAGCUUGCUUUUGAAACUGGAAUUCAUGAAACCAUAGGAAUUGAUCUGGUUGCCAUGAGCGUGAAUGACAUCAUUACUUCUGGAGCAAAACCCUUGUUUUUCCUAGAUUAUUUUGCCACUAGCCGCCUUGAUGUUGACCUUGCUGAACGGGUUAUCAGAGGAAUUGUUGAUGGUUGCCAGCAAUCUGAUUGUGCGCUAUUGGGUGGUGAGACUGCAGAGAUGCCUGGGUUUUAUGCAGAUGGUGAGUAUGAUCUUAGUGGAUUUGCGGUGGGCAUUGUGAAGAAGGAUUCAGUUAUUGAUGGGAAGAAUAUUGAGGCUGGAGAUGUGCUCAUUGGUCUUCCGUCUAGCGGAGUCCAUUCCAAUGGUUUUUCUCUUGUGAGAAGGGUUUUGGCACAAAGCAAUUGCUCUUUGGCAGACAAAAUUCCUGGUGAAACAGCUACCUUGGGUGAAGCCUUGAUGGCCCCAACAGUCAUCUAUGUUAAGCAGGUGCUUGAUUUGAUCAGCAAAGGAGGAGUCAAAGGCAUAGCCCAUGUAACUGGUGGUGGGUUCACCGAUAAUAUACCUAGAGUUUUUCCCAAGGGUCUUGGUGCUGUCAUCAAUAAAGAUUCUUGGCCUGUUCUUCCUGUGUUUAAAUGGCUCCAAGAGGCUGGAAGGAUAGAUGACAGUGAGAUGAGGCGGACUUUCAAUAUGGGUAUCGGGAUGGUGCUCGUUGUAAGUCCUGAUGCAGCCCUCAAAAUUCUCGGGGAUGCAAAUGGAGCAAGUCCACUGUAUCGCAUUGGUGAGGUGGUGACAGGUGAAGGGGUUAGCUAUCAGUGAGAGGCUUCUUAGUUCUUAGACGAGAGAAUUAUAUGAUGCACGAUGAUUGUGUCGUGUUCUCCCCCUCCAUACUCCUAUUUCACAGCAACCCCUACUAUAUGGGUUGUAUCCUCUAAAAUUGUUAGCACAUAAACUGCCAAAACAGUUGCAGUGAAAUUUUGCCUCCAGUUAUGAUGGUCUGAGAUGCAUAGGCUAGGAAAAAUCUAAUGUGUAACUUGUUUAACAAAUAUUGUAUAAUUAUGGCCAUUUGAUACUUUAGAUUAAUGUGGAAUGGUUUAUCUCAAUUCUCUAGUAGUAUCUCUUUGCUAUUCACAAGAGAGUACAUUUGAUACUUUCUGGGUGUAGAAUGAACAUCGUGCAAAUUGAUCCUUCUGCAGAAAAUGCGUAGUAGUUGUUUCUCGCUUUCUCAGUUAUAUUAUUCUAUUGUUUCUCA